AUGGAAUGCUUGCAGGAGAAGACCCUGCGUGCAAGGCAUGAAAGAAACCGAGCAACGAUCCCUCGCCCGCUCACCUGGGCGGGGCCGGGGGCGGUGUCGCAGCCCAGGUGCGGGCAGGCCAUGCCGAUGAAGUGGACGGGGAGCAGCCUGCCGGCGAUGCGCCCCGUCUCGGCGUCGUACAGGCGGCCCAUGGCGUAG